CAGCGCCGGCGGAGUGUGCGCGGCAUCGGUUUACGCCCCCGCGCCCUCUGUUUUCCGGGGUAAGUCAGGUCAGCUGUGUGCACGUCCACUGGGAUCCAGGGAUGCCGAAUCCCCCGGGCGAGGUAUCUCCAGCCUCGAGCCCUUCCCGUGCCGCACCGGCCCGUCGGCCGCGGUGCCCACACGGCAUGGCGGCGCCCGCCGCCACCGGGACCCCCGCCGCGUCGGAGGGCUUCCACUUCGCGGGCUCCCUGACCGACUGGGAGAUCCUCAGGGAGCCGAUGCGCAGGAGGCGUGGGCGCGGGCGUCUCCUGCGGCAGCGCAUCCGGGUGCGCGGCGAGGCCCAGGCGGGCCCCGAGGUGGGUGCCUCCGGGGCGGUCUUCGGCGGCGCCGCUGCCGAGGCGCCCAGGACCGAGGAGUUCCAGAUCGUGGUGGGCGCCGACUGGAAGAGCCGAGUCCUCCCCGAGGGCCUCGACGGCACCCUGAGGCCCGGGGGGUCGCCGCGCCGCGCCUCGGGCGAGGGGGGGCAGGGCCACGGCCGAAACUGGGCCGUGCAGGGGGCUCCAGGGCAGGCCCUCGACAUCGUCUUGGACCCCGAGAUGCUGACCGUUGCGUGCGAGGAGGCCUUCAGCGGCGACGAGUCGGCCGACGAGCCAGAUGAGGCGGCGGUGCAGCUGGCGCCGCGCGGGUGCGCGCCAGCGGAGGGCCCAUGGCGGGGAGUCAACCUGGGCGGCUGGCUGCUGCUGGAGAGGUGGAUGGCCCCGGGGCUGUUCGAGGAGCUGGCCCCGUCCGCCGAGGACGAGCUCUCGCUGAUGAGCCUGCUGGUGGCGCAGGGGGGGUCGGAGGCGCGCGCCCCGGUGGCACGCUUCCGAGACGCCUUCAUCACCCGGGAGGACUUCCGGUGGCUGCGGCGGGAGGGCGGCGUCAACGCCGUGCGGCUCCCCGUGGGGUACUGGUGCCUGGAGGAGCACGCUGCGGGCACGCCCUUCCUGCCGACCGAGCGCUACGUCGACAAGGCCUUCGACUGGGCGGAGGAGUUCGGCCUCAAGGUCCUCCUGGAGCUGCACGGGGCGUCGGGUGCCCAGAACUGCGAGCACCACAGCGGGCAGCGCACGGACUCGCCGAUGUGGCUGCAGGGCAAGCACCGCCUGGAGAACCUGGAGGUGCUCGAGGCCUGGUCGCGGCGCUGGGGCUCGCGAGAGGGCUUCCUGGGCCUGGGCCUCGGCAACGAGGUGAGCAGCACCUUCGGCACCAGCUGUCCCCUGCCACCUGGCCUCUCGGGGCCCCUCGCUGGGCUGCGGCAGAUGUGCCGCUGCUGCUGCUGCUGCUGCUGGAUGCUUGGGCAGGACUGCUGGGUGAGCGUGGGCAGGUUCUACGCCGAGGCCGCCCAGCGCUGCAGGCCGCACCUGCGCGAGGGGGCGCCCUUCGUGAUAGACACCUGCUGGGAUGUCGGCCGUUUCGACGGUGCGAACCUCCGCGAGCUGAUGGAGCUGGGGCCCGUGUGGCUGGCGAACUACCACCACUACCAGUGCCACGGCAGCUCCCACGAAGCGCCCGGUGCCGUGGGCAUGCACUGCGAGGCUGGCGCCCUCUAUGAGGCGUUGAGAGCGAGGCCGCCGCUGCCAGGGCUGCCACUGGUGCUCGGGGAGUUCUCCCUGGCGCUGAAAACCAGCGUGAAGGACUACGACGGCAGGCACUGGCAGAGGCGCUACUUCAGGCAGCAGACCCGCCUCGCCCAGAGGCACGGCCUCGGCUGGUUCUUCUGGAGCUACAAGCUCUCCCGCGAGGACUUCCACCACUGGAGCUACCGGGAGUGCGUGCGGCUGGGCUGGAUCUCGCCCGCGGCGUGGGCGGGCGCCUCGGGCAGGGCCGCGGCCGAGGCGGGGCCCCCCAGCGCCGGGCUCGCCCCGCCGCCAGACCUGCCCGCCCAGCCCGCGCCGCCGCCGCACGGGCGCGCCGAGGCGGGCGACGAGCCGCUGCUCCCCGGCGCCGCUGGGCCGCCGCCGCGGCCGCACGGGGGCGGCGCCCGGCCCGACGCGCCGCCCGUGGCGGCCGGCGGCGGCCUCUGCGCGGGGGCUCCGGCAGGGCGGCCGCAGGUGCUGAGCGUCUGACGCCCGAGCGCGGGGCCGACGGCCCUGCGCCCUCGGCCCCGGGCUGAGUGUGCCGCUGGGCUGCUCUGGCCGCCGUCGUGCGCCGCCCGCCCGCCGCCCAGGCUGGUCUCGCGUCGCGCGCGGAGCUGCGCGCCCCCCUCACCAGGAGUGCCGGGGUCACUGGGGCCUGCUGUCUUUUUUUCUCUGGAUGCGGCGGUCGUUCCGUGCUCGUGCCUGCGAUCUAGGCACCGACCACUGGCGCGGGAUGGCGUGACCGCCGCCGCGCGAGGUGCAGAAUCACUUCAUCUCGGAUUUGGCCUCGCUUUGCUGCCGCGGCCUGCUGCGACGAAGUCUCAAUUUAGCCUGCUGCAGUGUAAGUUAUCGUUUGGUUUGUUGCCUCCUUCCAGCGGUCUGUGACCGAUUAGUCUCUCGUGGGUAGUCGUGGUUACAUUGGCAAACCACACGUCGGAUCAUAUCUGCAGGCAGUGCCACAGGGCCUCUCGCCGGGGGCACUUUUGAAGCAUUGCCCCGUCCAGGACGUGUGCUGCAUCUAUCGGCUUGGUGGACCCUCAGUUGGUGUGAUGCUCUGGUGCUCUGGUAUCCUCACGCAGCAGUUUUUUGGGCGUGCGGACAGCAGCAUUUUGUGGGAGCCGCCCUCACUUGUGUGCUGCUCCCUUUUCAACGGGCCAUUGUGCAUCCUUAGAGUUGCUCUUGAGGAUACGAGCUCUCAUGCAGUAUCCUUGCAGCGUGAGAUUACGUUGUUCUCUGUGCACGCUCGUGUGCCGAAAUGCCGCGAUGCCGUAAUCAUUCAUGUUCAUCUUGUUGCUCGGAUCAGACUGUUGUGUGGC